AGUAUUUGUCGCUGAGAGCCGCUGGAUGGCAUGGUUUACGUGUGUGAAGAGGAAGGUAGCAGGUUUAAAUGCGUUACUUUGCGUUGGAAAAAGAGAAAACAGUCAUUUUCUGAGACACUUGAAUCGAAACGUGAGUGUUAAAACUCUGCGAACGCUACGGACAGCGCAAGUGUCCUUUAUAAACUUGAACUUCCCAAAACAAGAGUCCUACACUGCAGCUCACGCCAUGGAGACUAAAGAUGCCGCGGUUGAAGAAGACAGCUGUGACACGGACAGCACUGUAAGAACAAACUGCGGUAAACGUAAAAACGAGGAGACAGACGAGGCAGCGAAACGAGACAGCCGCAAGAAGCACAAGAAGAAGUGCGUGAAACAGCUGCGUCCCGGAGAGAGGCACGUGCCUCCGCCGCAGAAACGCAACACGGGCGUGAGUUUCAGUCGAGAACAUUUUGAGGAAACCUCCUACUAUUUUGAAGGCGGUCUUCGCAAAGUGUAUCCUUAUUAUUUUGAUUUCACAACUUACUGUAAGGGACGCUGGGUUGGUAAAACACUACUAGAGGUUUUUAAGAGUGAAUUCCGGGCGGAGUCUCUGGAUUACUACAAUAAGGCUGUCAAAGAAGGGCGUAUUAAACUGAAUGAAACACCUGUGGAUGACCUGAAUCUAAUACUUAAGAACAAUGACUUUAUGAGGAACACCGUGCAUCGUCAUGAGCCCCCUGUGACUGGGAGGCCCUUGGAGGUUCUGGUGGAUGAUGGGGAAGUUGUGGUGGUGGAUAAACCUGCCUCACUGCCUGUGCAUCCCUGUGGCCGCUACCGUCACAAUACUGUCAUUUUCAUUCUGGGAAAGGAGAAAGGCCUUAGUGGGCUUCACACAGUACAUCGGCUGGACCGCCUCACCUCAGGUGUGCUGCUGUUUGCUCGUACACUCGAGGUCUCCAAAAAGCUGGAUGCGAUGGUUCGUGAGAGACAGUUAGAGAAGGAGUAUGUGUGUCGUGUGGAAGGGGAGUUUCCAGAGGGUGAGGUGGUGUGUGAGGAACCCAUCCUGGUAGUGUCCUUCCGCGUGGGCCUCUGUAGGGUGGAUCCCAAAGGCAAAGAAUCCCGCACAGUUUUCCAGAGACUAAGCUAUAAUGGGCACUCUAGUGUAGUCCGCUGUCUGCCUCUCACAGGACGUACGCACCAGAUUCGUGUUCAUCUUCAGUUCCUUGGCUUUCCAAUCCUGAAUGAUCCCAUCUAUGGGUCUUCUGCAUGGGGUCCAAACAGAGCCAAAGGAGGGCUAGUAGGUAUGAGUGAUGAAGAGCUUCUAGAAGCUCUUAUAGAAGAGCAUCGUUCAAAGGAGAGUCUGCACUUGUUGGAUUUGCCUGACGAAGAGGUGUCAGGAAAGCAAUUGCCCAAGAAAGAGUAUAGUGAUGGUGCUCAAGAACACAAUGACCAAAUAAACGCACCUGAGUCAAGUGGUGUUGCAUGUGAUGACAAUUCCUGUAAAUUGACACAGGAGGAAGUGAAGGCAGAAGGUAGUCAAGAACUUCACAAGAGCACAUCUGCUGCUGAGACUGAGGGGGAGAUUAAUGGCGAUGAAGCCUCCAGAACUGCAAAAUCAAUUACUUUCAUCAGAGAUAAUUUAUGUGGUGAGUGUAAAAUUGUGCGACCUGACCCAAUGGAGAAGGAUUUGAUUAUGUACCUACAUGCAUUACGCUACAAAGGACCUGACUUUGAAUACUCCACCCAAAUGCCUGACUGGGCUAAAGAAGAUUGGCUUCAGGAUUAAACUAAAAUCAGAUGUA